GGACGUGAGGGAGGAGCCCGGGGAGCGCCGUGAGAUGGGCCGGCUCCCACGCCAGCCGGGAGGAGACAGCUUCUUACGUCAGCUGCUCCAAAGCACCACUGGAAGCUCAGCAGAUGUGGGCACCCCAGCCAGCAGCAGAAGGGGGUGCAGGGCAGCCACAGAGAAGCCCCUUCUGAUGCCUCAAGGAGCAAGCCGACCCCUUCCAGGCUCUAGGAACACCACAAAGCAAUAUGAAACCUGUUCAUGAGAGGAGUCAGGAAUGCCUUCCACCAAAGAAACGAGACCUCCCCGUGACCAGCGAGGAGACGGGGAGAACCACCAGCUGCUCAACCAACCACACACCCUCCAGUGAUGCCGCUGACUGGUCCCGAGGGGCGGUGGUAGCCGGACAGAGCCAGGCAGGAGCCAGAGUCGGCCCUGGUGAUGGAGCUGAGGCCAUCGCUGGUCUGACUGUGGACCAGUAUGGGAUGCUGUAUAAGGUGGCUAUGCCACCUGCUACCUUCUCACCAACUGGCCUCCCAUCUGUAGUGAACAUGAGUCCCUUGCCUCCCACAUUUAAUGUAGCGUCUUCACUGAUUCAACAUCCAGGAAUCCACUAUCCCCCCAUCCACUAUGCUCAGCUCCCCUCCACCUCUUUGCAGUUUAUCGGGUCUCCUUAUAGCCUCCCCUAUGCUGUGCCACCCAAUUUCCUACCGAGUCCCCUCCUUUCUCCUUCUGCCAACCUUGCCACCUCUCACCUUCCUCACUUUGUGCCAUAUGCCUCACUCCUGGCAGAAGGAACCACCCCUCCCCCACAGGCUUCCUCCCCAGCCCAUCCAUUCAACAAAGCCCCCUCUGCUGCCUCCCCACCUGGGCAGUUGCCACAUCACUCGAGUACUCAGCCACUGGACCUUGCUGCAGGUCGGCUGCCCAUUUAUUACCAGAUGUCCAGGCUGCCUGCUGGGUAUACCUUGCAUGAAACCCCUCCCGCAGGUGCCAGCCCUGUUCUUACCCCUCAGGAGGGCCAGUCUGCUCUGGAAGCAGCAGCUACCAAUGGAGGACAGAGACAGCGAGAGCGAAAUUUAGCAAGGCGGGAAAGCGAAGCCCUUGACUCCCCCAGCAGCAAGGGUGAAGGCCAGGGACUGGUUCCAAUGGUGGAAUGUGUGGUGGACGGACAGUUGUUUUCAGGUUCUCAGACUCCACGGGUGGAGGUGAUGGUGCCGGCACACCGGGGGACUCCAGACACUGACCUCGAGGUCCAGCGGGUGGUUGGCGCUUUAGCUUCUCAGGACUAUCGUGUGGUGGCAGCUCAGAGGAAGGAUGAACCCAGCCCCCUCAACCUGUCCCAUCAUACCCCUGACCAUCAGGGUGAGGGGCGAGGGUCAGCCAAGAACCCAGCAGAAAUGACGGAGAAAAAUCAGGCCCGGGGCUUCUACUCUCAAUCCCAUCAGGAACUGGUGAAACAUAGACCUUUACCCAAAGCAAUGGUUGUAGCCAAUGGCAACCUGGUGCCCACUGGAACUGACCCAGGCCUGCUCCCCAUGGGCUCAGAGAUCCUGGUGGCAUCAAGUCUGGACAUGCAGGCCAGAGCCACUUUCUCAGACAAGGAGCCAACGCCACCCCCCAUUACCUCCUCCCAUCUGCCCUCCCAUUUCAUGAAAGGCGCCAUCAUCCAGCUGGCCACGGGGGAGCUGAAGCGGGUGGAGGACCUCCAGACCCAGGAUUUUGUGCGCAGUGCCGAAGUGAGUGGGGGCCUGAAGAUUGACUCUAGCACAGUUGUGGACAUUCAGGAGAGCCAGUGGCCUGGAUUUGUCCUGCUGCAUUUCGUCGUCGGGGAGCAGCAGAGCAAAGUGAGCAUCGAGGUGCCCCCCGAACACCCCUUCUUUGUGUAUGGCCAGGGUUGGUCCUCCUGCAGCCCUGGGCGGACUGCCCAGCUCUUCUCGCUGCCCUGCCAUCGGCUACAGGUGGGCGAUGUCUGCAUCUCUAUCAGUUUACAGAGCUUGAACAGUAACUCAGUUUCUCAGGCCAGCUGUGCUCCCCCAGGACAGCUGGGUCCCCCCCGAGACAGGCCUGAGAGGACAGUAGCGGGACCCAGAGAGCUAUGUGACAGUGAGGGGAAGAGCCAGCCAGCAGGCGAGGGUUCCCACACCGUAGAGCCCACCCAGCCUGAGCCCAGUGCUCAGGCCUGCUGGCCAGCCCCAAGCUUCCAAAGAUACAGCAUGCCAGGGGAGGAGGCACGAGUCACCCUGCUCCGCCCCUCUUUCAUUCCACAGGAGGUGAAGCUGUCCAUUGAAGGGCGUUCCAAUGCAGGAAAGUGAACCUCUCUCCCAGAGCAGGACUGGGCUUUUCCCCAGAGCUGAGCCUCACCGCGAGCAGCAGAGGAUUUGCACACUCGGAGCAGGGAAUAGCUCUCUUGGCAGUGAGAUUUGGGGCAGGGGAGGCAUGAAGCCUGCUUCCCCAGGCAGGGUCUGCUGUUCAUUCCCCUUCGGCAUCCUUUCAGUGCUGUGAUGGGGAUCGGCAGGCCUGAGCCAAGGAAGGAAGGGGGUGCACAGGACAAGAAACAUUCCAAAUAUCAGGACCUCCUUGUUCUUUCCUCCCAUUCCCUCGCUCCUGCAAGGGGCAAGGCCAGGCUUUGUGAGCAGGCGGCAAAGGGAGGGAGGCAAAGAAAGAGCCAAAAAUGAUGAUCCACAGCUUAUAGUAGCAGUUAAACUGUCUGAAGUUUUCUUUCCUUUCUUGUUUUGUUGUGGGAGGCCAGGGGGGCCCCACAGUUGGAAAUAAGGGGGUUCCCACCCAGAACCCUUCUUUUGAGAGAUGUGCACUUUAAAAGGGUAAUUUUGUUACAGACGCCUGUGGCUGGGCUUGAGGGCAAGGAGCGCUUCUCUCCAGGAUGGCUCCAUCCUGUGCUUUAGCCCUUCCCCAUCUCUCCUCACCAUUCCUCCCACUGGGCUUAGAGCCACUUGGGGUUGGGGAAGAGAACCCCUGCAGGGUGCAGAAUGAAGUCUUGACUUGCUUGGGACCCUGGCAGGGAGCUAUCUAAGAAAGACAUGGUGGCUGGGCUAACCGGCUCAAGGCAGGGCCUCUAGGAAGGUAGCUGACCUACUAGCUCCUCCUACUUGACAUGCCUGACCUUCAAAAUUUCAGUGACUCUAAUUGGUAAUGGUGAUUUUUAAAAGAACCAGUGGACCUUUUCCCCCCAGGUUCCUACACCUCUCCUUUGUCUGUCUCUGUUGUGCCUAAGUGCCUGCAGCUGCCCCCUUCUGUCUGCUGCCCUAACCUCCCUGCAUGGAGUCUUGACCUGGGCUUAAUCCCUAGCUGCACUGUCCUUUCCCUUCUGUAAAGUUGGUUUGCCCUCUGUGACCAAGGUCUCUAGGUUUUGAGGUGUAAGGGUCUCUCUGGUUUCCCCUCCAUCUAUAGCCUCUAUUUAAACACUCAGAAUCAUGUCCUCUUCUGCCCUGGAGCAGUUUGGUGAAGAAAUAAGGAGACUGUGCCCUAGUCAGCAGGGCAUGUUCGCCAGGACGGGCAAUGCCGAUGUUGGUUUUCUUACACAGCCCCUCUCCUCUUAUUCUGCUGCCUCCCAGCAACCAGGUUUUUCCAGGCGACUUCCUAGCCUAGAACUCUAAGGUUCUUGGAUAGGGUUGAUAACAUUGCAGCGUCUUCGACUUCCUUUUGUGGUCGAGCAAACCGAUGUGAAAAGUAUUUUCAGUCGUAGUUGAAUCUGCCCCCCUAUGUCUUCAAGCCAACAUUUUCAUCACAACUUUUAGCAUCAGCUCAACCUGUGGGAUUCCACUGGGUUUUGGGAAAUGUGGCUCCCCUAUCUUCUAUCUGGUGGGUGAGUGGUUUUUUGGUGGGUUUUAUUGUGGGUCUUUAAGACUCCUGAAGGCGACUCAGGGUAUUGUCCACCCAGCUCUUUGGUUAGGCUUCUGCCAGGGUAUGGAUCCUGGUAUCUGCUGGCCUGUAACCUCUGGGGUCCGAUCUCUAUUCUGUCAAUGACUUAAAGGCAAGUCUUGUGACCUCUCACUCUUUCACUUCCUCCCCAGCUGCCAAAUGGGGAUGAAUACUCUUACCUACCUCCUGGGGGGAGGGGGAGUUCUGAGAAUGGAGUCAUUCUUAGUGUUCAGGUGCUAAAGGUUGUUUUCCUUGGGGGAACAGAGUGACUGAAACGGGCUCUUUUGCCACAAGCCCUGUACUCCAAUGUUUCAUUUCUUGAGCUCAGUUAGUUAUCUAUCUGGUCAGUCCGGUUUUUGGAGGCCCAUCCAAAGGAAGCGACUGACCUGCCUGCGAGUCCAUAAGGCUCCGGUUCAAUCAGAACCAAACACCAACCCUGUCUGCUAAGCACUCAGCCUUGUGCUGCAUUUGGGAUCACGUCCUUUCCUCUUUCCCCAUGUGCUCUGAAUGCUGCUUUCUCUGGUGUGUCUCCUAUAAUGAUGGCCUGUGGGGUUGUCCUGGGGUAGCUCUCGAGUGACAGCUUCGGGAGAGCCGCUCACUCCUGCACUGGUUCUUAAAAGUCCUUUCUCCCAAGAAGGCUCAUCAGCUACAUCUAGUGACAUGUACACAGUAAACACUCAAGAAACAUCCACCAAGGACCACCAACUAACUGAGCAUGUUCCUAUGGGAGCCGGAUGCAGACCAAGUACUUUGAGUAAAAUAAAAUUGGGUUCAGUGUGACUUCCCAGCCUGGAAACUGCCACCUGAUCCUGGAAAGAAGUUCUUAGUGGACCUUGGCAGGUUUGGCCCUGACCUUUCUGCUGCUGUUCCUCUUCUGUCUCUUCCUGGUGAUGCAACAUCAGCAGCUCUGUGCCCUGGAUCUGUAACAUUGUAAUACUUGACUUUGCUGAGCUGCAGGGAGGUCAUUCCUGAAGAGUGGUCUCCCAGGAAAAGAAACUGCUUUAAAUAGUGGUCAGAGCUGUAGCAUUCCCCUUGCCUCCUGCCACCCUGGGUCAGUCUUUUCUUCCAUGCCUUAGAAAUAAAAGUAACCUGUGGAAUGUUCCUUUGUCCUGCCAGGGAUUUCAUGGGUUGGCAAAAGACAAGAGUGGCUUUGACAGAGAAGCAUUUUAGUGGGAAGUUGUCUGCUUCCCAGAGCAGUUGAAGGAGACCACCACAGUCAGUCCCUUGUAGGGGCAGGACACUCCCCAAGCCAACUGAUAGCAAGGACUGCCGACUCUGGUACUGUGUACAGCUGCCUGUGCCAGUUUGGGAGGAGGAGACAGUGUACCUGCAUCUCGGGGAACCAUUCCUGUCAAGACUCAUGUACCUGGGCAGUGGGUGGGAGGCGAGAGGCCUCAGCCGACCUGGAUUGACCCUUCUACAUUCUUGGUCCCAAGUUGGUCAUAAGGCCAGGGCUUUGGCCUGUGCUGCUUUGCCAUUGCUGCUGUCUGCUCACUUCCCUCCUGCUGUCCUUCCCUCCCCCUGGCCUUCCAAGCCUUUGGCUUAUACAGAUUAAAUCCAGGCAUCCAGUGCAUUCUGACUCAUGCUCUGCAUUACUUUAUAGCAAAGUCAUGUUGAAGGGUGAUAGGAUGAAUCUAAAGGGAUAUAUAUGGAUUUAGUGCUUUGUCAAAAACCUUCAGUUCCGAAUAUCCUAUCUCCACUGCCUUGAGGAAGAAACAAGCAGGUCCUAAUAGUGUUUUCUGUUGUAUUGACUUCUUUCUUCUGUAGUGUCUUGUGUCCUAUGAAAAAUAAAUGAAGGGAUCCAGGUUCAGGGCUGUGUCGGCAUCCCAGGGAGGUUCAUUUAACUCCAGUUAUGUGGGUUGCGAGAGGGUUGGAAGUUUGCUGGGUGUCGUCCCCCGAGUGGAUUUUAUUUUCGGUCUUUACCAAUGGGCAUCAUAGUAACGGGGAAGCACAGGGUGGUGGUGGUGUGAUUUAAACUUGGAAUGAGCAGGUGUAUUGAAGAGAGUUGCGUGAACACUCUGGAGACGAAGGGUAGAUGUGGGCUGACUGGGGAAGGGCCUUGGUCCACUGGAAUAAAAAAAGAGCCUAAUGAAUUGGCUACGGGAGAUUAUAAACAAAGUAAGUAGGGAAGAGGCCACAUUUUAGACUAAGUCACACUGAAGCUACAAUACUUUACAGAUGGGAAGCAGUGUACACUACAGUUGAAGAGCUGCACCGGACUGAGGUGGAUGUUGGUCAGAAAAUCUAGCCCUUUGCUGGGAGACCUUCCUCCUCCAGCCACCCUGGGGCAGGGCAGGCCAGGCCAGGCCUCCCGAGUUAUGCAAUAAUAAAACAAGCAUCUGGGUCUUGGCAGCUGCCAGUUGCUCUUUCAACUCUAGGAUCCAUCUUUGGCCCAGAGGCCUGGUCUUGGGCCGAGGGUGACACUGGCCCUUGAGAUGCCAGAGUCGGCUGCACCACUCUCUUCUUUCUCGCAGACUAUGCACAGUGCCUGGGGCAGGAGGAGGAGAGGGGGUGCGGUGUGCCCUGCUGAGCCUCCCUAGCAGGAACAGUAGUAAUAAAUGCACUUUUCACACUAAAGGUUUCUUUAUUAAUUCUGUUACGCCUACAUCCUCCCCCGGUAGUUGGCAGACUCAGAGUCUGUGUGAUCCCAAAGCCAUUCCACUGCAAACGCCCAGCAGUGAAGAUGGCCUCAAUUGGGGUUCCUGUCUGCAGUGUGUUUGGCAGCAGCCCAUGUGCCUUUACCUAUUGUCACACUCGCAUUUAUUUCUGUCUUUAUGACUGUCGUGGAGACUGAGGUUCUUGAGAGCGAGCAAGCGAGCGAGCAAGCUGAUGCCACAGUGGUUUUGCACUCACCCCCCUGCAUAGGGAGUUUGCACGUAGUUGUGAGCUGUGAGUGGUUAGUGCAGCACUGGUAUUGCUGUAGGCAGGGUUGAUCUCCCCAUUUGCUUGAUACUCGUAUUGCAGUCAAGAGAAUCCAGAUUGUGUUGGGGAAGAGGCUGACUGUACUCUUGGCAAACCUGAAGUAUUAAAAUAAGGCUGUCCCCUACAACCUUCCUAGUCACACACAGGAUCCCUGUAGCCAAAACAGUAUAUGUUCCAGCUGCAGAGAGCAGAUGGCUCUCAGCUUGCACAGCACCUUAGGGGAGGGGAGAAUGUAUGGAUAGGGACUGGGGUGGAGAAGGACGAGAAUGUUGUCAUCCAGGUGGCUUUAGUGUCCUGACGAGGAGAGGAAGGACAGCACUGGGGAGGUCUGGAUGGAUCUGAUUUGUGUAGGAGUUCCCUGUAGAUAAAUUACCGACCCCCCAACUACUAUCCCCAGUAUGUAAUGGCUGAAUUAAUAUGUAAUCAACUGCAUUGUAUCUAAAGCCUUAGAACUAGUCAGGUGCUCCCCCCACCCAGUACCAUUUCUUACCCUCUAAUCCUACCUGAUCUUUAACAAAGCAUUAAUAAUUCUAAGGAUAAUCUCUAUUUUGUUGUGCUUUUUUGUAACUGUUUUAAAUAAAUCAAUUUGUACUGUAUAUUUGUACUUUUGUGAGAUCCUUUUUGCUGUUUUACCAUUUUAAGUCUCUGUACUUGGCUACACACAGAUUGUAUUUUUAUUGUUAAUGCUCUUCUUAUGGAUACCUGCAUUUAACUUGUGGACUAUGUAAACACAGUAUAUAUCAAUAUCUAUAUAUCUAUCUAUAUAAACGACUAGCUUUUC